CCUCUGUCGGGUGAUCAGUUACAAACAUCUGUUCAACUCUGGGUAUCCUUUAACCGGAAGCCAAUGCAGGCUGCACAGUUUGCAACAAGACACCCCAUUAAGGAGUACUACAUCGCUGACACUUCUGAAGACCAGGUGUUUGUGUGCGUCACUUAUAGUAACAACAGCACCAGCCUCUAUAUCUCCGAAGCGGAAGGCCUUCACUUUUCAUUGACUUUGGAAAACAUCCUGUAUUACAGUCCGGGUGGAGCAGGAAGCGACACUUUAGUAAGCUUUCUUUGGGAUGUUCUCUUCAUUUGGCCCAAAGACUCAGCCAGCUCCUCAAUUUCCAGUUGCGCAGAAUGCCUAUCCUAUCCAAGGAAUCCGCUCCGGGAUUGAUCAUUGCAACAGGUUCUGUGGGGAAGAACAUGGCAAGUAAAAUGAAUGUCUACGUUUCCAGCAGUGCUGGCGUCAGAUGGCAGGAGGUAAGGAAACGCCAGACGCUCAUGUGGGGCAG